UUUUUCUUAUCUCAUCUCAAUCGGAUCCACCAAACAUUCCCCUGCCUUACCGAACCAAGCUGAAGAAACAUCAAUUGAAACGCCAAACCCUUCCAUCGACCCAGUUGCUACGUCUCAAAAAACAAUUUUGCGUCUUCAAUACGACCUCAUUCUGGAUGUUUCAGCUAGGACCCAAAGACAAUAAAUAACGAGUACGGACGUUCGCGAAAAUUACAUGGCUGCGAUUACAAGAGAAUAACGGCCCACUCGGCGACUAAUUAUAAACCGUUCGAUAAUUUCGCCGCUUCAUCGGUUUUCUUUUUCUUUUGUUUCUUUCGCACCUACCUAGCAACGCCGGUCCGCUUCUAAUCUUAACGGUUCAAGGGCCUUGGGCUGAAUUUGCAGCUCCAGGCCAACGCCACUAAUUUAAUUUUUUUCUCUCUUCAUUUUUACUUUUUUUUUUCUUUCAAUUCCCAUCCAUCCCUGAGGGAGCUUGGCCUCUCCAACUUCAUCCGACUUCUUCAAGUACACCCAUUCACGACCAGCUAAGCGCAAAUACCGCCGCGAUGGCUUGGUCCAAAACUACCAGGAUCAGCGUUAUGCUGGCCAUCGAUAUCGUCUUCUUCCUGGUCGAAUUAAUAUCAGGCUUUCUCGUCCACUCCCUUGCUUUGAUGGCCGACGCGUUCCACAUGCUAAACGACAUCAUCUCGCUGGCUAUCGGAUUAUGGGCUGUGACUAUUUCCAAGCGAGAAACGACCAACAAAUUCUCCUACGGAUGGGUUCGCGCUGAAAUACUCGGCGCUGCCUUUAACGCUGUGUUCCUAAUCGCCCUAUGUGUCUCGAUCAUCCUCGAAGCAGUUACUCGGUUAAUCGAGCCUCAGGAAGUCGCGAACCCGAAACUGAUUCUCAUCGUCGGCUGCUUUGGAUUGGCAUCAAAUCUUGCCGGAUUCGUUGUCUUGGGAGGACACGGUCACGACCAUGGGGACCACUCCCACGAUGAGGAGCAUGAACAUGACCACGACCACGUCCAUAAACACGACGAUGUUAUCGCAGCCGAGGAAGGUAGAGCUACCGCAACGGAUCCGUUGAUAGACGAUAAUGGCCCUAUAUUGGAGGUCCUGCCGGAGACUGCGAUCGCUAGAGCACGAGCCGCAACCGCUUCACCCGAGACCGUUCGCCACAUCCAAUUCGAUCAAUCCGAGAGCGCAAAGAAGCCCAACCUUCACGAACGGGGUGGUAGCCGGGGAUCUAUACCUAGGGGAAGGGAGCGUCUGCGCGCAGGCAGUGUUAAGCACAACCGCCUCACUAGCAUUGACGACUUCAGCAUUCACCCGUCCAGUUUUCGUCAGGAUAUCAUCGAGCAUAGUAGAUCGGCCCAGAACGAAAACGACACGGAUGAGAGCUCCAUCGACGACGCCUCUAUCGAUUACAAUACUCGGGACGAGUCGGCUGUGGACGAGAAUACACCAUUGAUUGGAAGCGACCGUGUGACGGGUAAGGGAACCAUGGUUGAGGGCAAGCACGCGAGUCGAUCGAGGAGUUCGCACCACCACCGCGCUAGACGUGAUUCCGGAACGCACAGAGAGCAUCACCACAACAGACCAAAGUCUAAGUCUCGCAAGGGUCAUAGCCACGGCCACAACCACGCUGAUAUGGGCAUGAACGCUAUGAUCCUACAUGUCUUGGGCGACGCUCUGGGAAACGUGGGUGUCAUAGUUACGGCUUUAAUUAUCUGGCUUACCGACUGGUCUGGCAAAUACUACGCCGACCCUGCUGUGUCAUUAUUUAUUACUCUGAUCAUCCUGAAAUCGGCCCUUCCCCUUACUAAGGCGACGGCCCAAGUUCUUCUACAGGCUACCCCCGACCAUAUUAACCUCCAAGAUAUCAAGGAGGAUAUUCAGAAUCUCCCAGGUGUCAAGAGCUGCCACCACGUCCAUAUCUGGCAACUGUCGGAUACCAAGGUCGUUGCUUCGCUGCACGUACAAGUCGAGUUCCCCAUCACGGACGAGGGAGGCGAGAAGUAUAUGAAGCUGGCUAAGCAAGCGCGUAAAUGCCUCCACGCAUACGGCAUCCACAGCGCUACUAUUCAGCCCGAAUUUUGCCUUGAUCAAGAAUGCAAUAAUCCUGAUGAUAGCUCGAUGACGCUUGAUGGACAGGUAUCGCCCAAAUAUGGAGACGAUGUAUGUCUACUAGAGUGUGUAGAUAACUGUGUCGGACAAGGGUGCUGCUCUAUUCCGCAGGCCGCAUCAAAGGCUGGGUCUAGUCGAAGGUCUAGCCACUCAGCGGAUAGCCAUAACGGCGCGAGCGGAAGUGACCAUGGCCAUAACCACAACCAUGGACAUGGACAUAGCCACUAAACUGGUUAUAGAUACGGCGGAGCGGGACAAGAAUAAAAGAAAAAAUAGACGAAAAAGGAACAGCCACAUGCAUGCCUGAAGCACUUUUUGGAUUGGGUACUACAAAGUAGAUAGUACUCAUCAUCGGCGCCUUCGUGGGGGUCAGCUUCUUCAGGCUACAUAUGCUG